GGGGGGCUGUUGUGUCCCAAAGCAGGACCAGAACCACCCUGAGUCUGCACUGUCAUCUCCUGACUCGGAGACCACAGAGAGAGCCCUGUUCAGCAUCACCAUGCCUGAUGUGGAGAUGGCCGAAUUUGGGGAGGCCGCCCCCUAUCUCCGCAAGUCAGAGAAGGAACGGUUGGCUGCCCAGACCCGCCCCUUCGACCUGAAGAAGGACAUCUUCGUCCCUGAUGAAAAGGAAGAAUAUGUCAAGGCCACCAUUGUCAGCCGUGAGGGCUCCAAGAUCACUGCUGAGACUGAACAUGGCAAGACAGUGACGGUCAAGGAGGACCAGAUAAUGCAGCAGAACCCCCCCAAGUUUGACAAGAUUGAGGACAUGGCCAUGCUGACUUUCCUCCAUGAGCCCGCCGUCCUCUACAACCUGAAGGAUCGCUACGCAUCUUGGAUGAUCUAUACUUACUCAGGGCUCUUCUGUGUGACUGUCAACCCCUACAAGUGGCUGCCUGUCUACAAUGCUGAGGUGGUGGCUGCCUACCGGGGAAAGAAGCGGAGCGAAGCUCCACCCCACAUCUUCUCCAUCUCUGACAAUGCCUACCAGAACAUGCUGACAGAUCGGGAGAACCAAUCCAUCCUCAUCACUGGAGAAUCCGGGGCGGGGAAGACAGUGAACACCAAGAGGGUCAUCCAGUACUUUGCUGUCAUUGCUGCCAUUGGUGACCGUGGCAAGAAGGAGGCGGGGGCCCCAGGCAAGGGCACCCUGGAGGACCAGAUCAUCCAGGCCAACCCUGCCUUGGAAGCAUUUGGCAAUGCCAAAACUGUCCGGAAUGACAACUCAUCCCGAUUUGGGAAGUUCAUCCGGAUCCAUUUUGGGGCCACUGGGAAGUUGGCAUCAGCUGACAUUGAGACUUACCUCCUGGAGAAGUCACGUGUCAUUUUCCAGCUGAAGGCUGAAAGAAACUACCACAUUUACUACCAGAUCCUCUCCAAUAAGAAGCCAGAGCUGCUGGACAUGAUGCUGGUGACCAACAACCCCUAUGACUAUGCCUUCAUCUCCCAAGGAGAGACCACAGUUCCAUCCAUUGAUGAUGGAGAGGAGCUCCUGGCCACAGAUAGUGCCUUUGAUGUCCUGGGUUUCACCCCAGAAGAGAAGAACUCCAUCUAUAAACUGACAGGAGCCAUCAUGCACUUUGGCAACAUGAAGUUCAAGCAGAAACAACGGGAAGAGCAGGCAGAACCAGAUGGCACAGAAGAGGCAGACAAGUCAGCUUACCUAAUGGGGCUGAACUCAGCUGAUCUUCUCAAAGGGUUGUGCCACCCUCGGGUCAAAGUGGGCAAUGAGUAUGUCACCAAGGGGCAGAAUGUCCAGCAGGUGAUUUAUGCUGUUGGAGCCUUGGCCAAAGCUGUGUAUGAGAAGAUGUUCAACUGGAUGGUGAUGAGGAUCAACAAUUCACUGGAGACCAAGCAGCCACGGCAGUACUUCAUUGGUGUGCUGGACAUUGCUGGCUUUGAAAUCUUUGAUUUCAACAGCUUCGAGCAGCUCUGCAUCAACUUCACCAACGAGAAGUUGCAGCAGUUUUUCAACCACCACAUGUUCGUGCUGGAGCAGGAGGAAUACAAGAAGGAGGGCAUUGAGUGGGAGUUCAUUGACUUUGGCAUGGACCUCCAGGCCUGCAUUGACCUCAUUGAGAAGAAGCUGCGCUCAGACUUGUCACGAGAGCUGGAGGAGAUCAGUGAGCGUCUGGAGGAGGCAGGUGGUGCCACAUCAGUGCAGAUUGAGCUCAACAAGAAGCGGGAGGCAGAGUUCCAGAAGAUGCGGCGGGAUCUGGAAGAGGCCACACUGCGGCAUGAGGCCACAGCUGCAGCACUGCGCAAGAAACACGCCGACAGUGUGGCUGAGCUCAGCGAGCAGAUUGACAACUUACAGCGUGUCAAACAGAAGCUGGAGAAGGAGAAGAGUGAGCUCAAGCUGGAGCUGGAUGACCUCAGCUCCAACAUGGAGCAACUAAUAAAGGCCAAGGUGGGCAUGGAGAAGAUCUCUCGCACCAUGGAGGACCAGGCAGCUGAACACAGGGCCAAGCUGGAGGAGACACAACGAGUCCUCAAUGACACUAGCACCCAACGGGCCAAGCUCCAGACUGAGAAUGGAGAACUGUCCCGCCAGCUGGAGGAAAAGGAGGCCCUUGUCUCUCAAUUAACUAGGGGCAAGCAGUCAUACACCCAGCAGAUGGAGGACUUGAAGAGGCAGCUGGAGGAGGAGAUGAAGGCCAAGAAUGCACUGGCCCAUGCCCUCCAGUCGACCCGGCAUGACUGCGACCUCCUCAGGGAGCAGUAUGAGGAGGAGACAGAGGCCAAGGCUGAGCUCCAGCGCUCACUCUCCAAGGCCAACUCUGAGGUAGCACAAUGGAGGACCAAGUAUGAGACAGAUGCCAUCCAGCGCACUGAGGAGCUGGAGGAGGCCAAGAAGAAGCUGGCCCAGCGGCUGCAGGAGGCUGAGGAGGCGGUGGAGGCAGUCAAUGCCAAGUGUUCCUCCCUGGAGAAGACCAAGCACCGACUGCAAAAUGAGAUUGAAGAUCUCAUGGCAGACCUGGAGCGGUCAAAUGCAGCAGCUGCUGCAUUGGACAAGAAGCAGAGAAACUUUGACAAGAUCUUGUCUGAGUGGAAGCAGAAGUUUGAAGAGUCACAGAUGGAGCUGGAGGCAUCGCAGAAGGAGGCCAGAUCCCUCAGCACUGAGCUCUUCAAGCUGAAAAAUGCCUAUGAGGAGUCACUUGAUCACUUAGAGACUUUAAAGAGGGAAAACAAGAAUCUCCAAGAGGAGAUCUCAGACCUGACAGAGCAGCUGGGUGGCAGCCACAAGACCAUCCAUGAACUGGAGAAGGUCCGGAAGCAGCUGGAUGCCGAGAAACUGGAGCUCCAGGCUGCACUGGAGGAGGCUGAAGCCUCUCUGGAGCAUGAGGAGGGAAAGAUUCUGAGGGCUCAACUGGAGUUCAACCAGGUCAAGGCAGACUAUGAGCGCAAGCUGGCUGAGAAGGAUGAGGAGAUGGAGCAAGCCAAGCGCAACCACCUGCGGGUGGUGGACUCACUGCAGACCUCUCUGGAUGCUGAGACCCGGAGCCGCAAUGAGGCCCUGAGGCUGAAGAAGAAGAUGGAGGGUGAUCUCAAUGAGAUGGAGAUUCAGCUCAGCCAUGCUAACCGCGUGGCUGCUGAGGCUCAGAAACAAGUCAAGACAUUGCAAGGCUACCUCAAGGACACCCAAUUGCAGUUGGAUGACAUGGUACGGGUCAAUGAAGAUCUGAAGGAGAAUAUUGCUAUCGUGGAGAGGAGAAACAACCUCCUCCAGUCAGAGCUGGAGGAGCUGCGGGCAGUGGUGGAACAGACUGAGAGGGCCCGCAAGUUGGCUGAGCAGGAGCUGAUUGAGGCCAGUGAGAGGGUCCAGCUUCUCCACUCACAGAACACCAGCCUCAUCAACCAGAAGAAGAAGAUGGAGGCCGACAUCUCCCAGCUGCAGACAGAGGUGGAAGAGGCCAUCCAGGAGUGCAGGAAUGCUGAGGAAAAGGCCAAGAAAGCCAUCACUGAUGCGGCCAUGAUGGCAGAGGAGCUGAAGAAGGAACAGGAUACCAGCGCUCAUCUGGAGCGGAUGAAGAAGAACAUGGAGCAGACCAUCAAGGACCUGCAGAUGAGAUUGGAUGAGGCUGAGCAGUUGGCCCUCAAAGGGGGCAAGAAGCAGCUGCAGAAGCUGGAGGCUCGAGUGCGGGAGCUGGAGAAUGAGCUGGAAGCUGAGCAGAAGCGCCAUGCCGAGAGUGUCAAGGGACUCCGCAAGUCUGAGCGUCGUGUAAAGGAGCUCAGCUACCAGACAGAAGAGGACCGCAAGAACCUGGUCCGGCUCCAGGACCUUGUGGACAAGCUCCAAAUGAAGGUCAAGGCCUACAAGCGACAGGCAGAGGAGGCGGAGGAACAGGCCAACUCCAACCUGGCCAAGUUCCGCAAGGCACAGCACGAGCUGGAUGAGGCAGAGGAGCGUGCUGACAUCGCCGAGUCCCAGGUCAACAAGCUGCGGGCCAAGAGCCGUGACAUUGGAGCCAAGAAGGGACUCAAUGAAGAGUGAAGCUCUGGAUCCCCAACAAUAUCCCCUGGACCUCCAAGUGGCCCACCCCCACUCCCAGCCCCCUAACCUUGGCCAGCCAAUAAAAAGCAUUGAACAGCA